AUGGCAGAACAGCAGUACAUCAUCUUGGACGAGCUGCAAUCCCGUACGGAAAAGCUCUUCUAUCGUGUACUUUGCGAAAAUGUCAAGGAAUUAAUGCCAAUCGUUUAUACUCCAACUGUAGGAUUGGCUUGUCAGAGAUUUGGAGAAGUUUAUCGUCACCCAAAAGGUCUCUAUAUCACGAUUAACGACAACAGCGUCAGCAAGAUUUACAAGAUUUUGAGCAAUUGGCCAGAACAAAAUAUUCAGGCUAUUGUGGUGACAGAUGGGGAACGAAUCUUAGGACUUGGUGAUUUGGGAGCUUACGGGAUAGGUAUUCCCGUUGGAAAGAUGGCACUCUAUGUUGCGUUGGGUGGAAUUCAACCACAAUGGUGUCUGCCUGUGGUCCUUGAUGUUGGCACAAACAAUCAGCGGCUGCUCGAUGAUCCAUGCUACAUUGGUCUGAGACGUAAUCGCGUACGCGGCCCACAAUAUGACGAACUAAUCGAUAACUUCAUGAAAGCUGUUACGAAACGAUUCGGUCGCGACACUUUGAUUCAGUUUGAGGACUUUGCCUUUGCAAAUGCAUUUACACUUCUCGACAGAUAUAAAGAUGAUUACUGCACUUUCAACGACGAUAUUCAAGGAACAGCAGCUGUAGCUGUCGCAGGACUGCUAGCCACAACUCGAAUAACGAAAUUAAAACUUUCUCAGCAAAAAAUUGUCUUCCUUGGAGCUGGAGCA